AUGAAUGAAGAAGUAAGUUAUAAUGAUAAUUUUAUAUUUAGCAAUGAUUGGAAUGAGUUAAAUUCAAAAUCUCUUGAAAAAAUUAUGUUAAAUCGAAAUGAUGAGUUUAUGGAAAAUAUGAAUAAUAUGGAUUUUUUUUUUGACAAUUUUGAAAAUAGUAAUGAUAAUAAUAAAAGGUAUGAUGAAUAUAAUACGAUGAAUGAUAAAAAAGAAAUAACAAUAAAUAAAAAUGAGGACAUUGAUUUUAACGAAUUAAAUGAUUCUUUAUGGACAGAUAGUAAUAUAAAUAAUAAUAUUAAUAAUAAUAAUAAUAAUAAUAAUAAUAAUAAUAAUAUAAAUAAUAACAGUAGUAAUAUUAAUCCAAAUAUAUGUAACAAUAUAAAUAGAUCAAAAGAAAAAUAUGAUAAUAUUAAAUACUUUAUUGAUGAUCCUGUUGAUAUAAUAAGAAAGGGUGAGAAUCAAUAUUGUGACACUCAAAAUGUUUCUAAAAAAAAAAAAAAGGAUAAAAUGAAUUCAUCAUUUGACCUAUGGGAAACUAAUAAUAAACAAAAUGAUAAAAAAUAUGUAGAUGAUAAUGAUAAUAAUAAUAUUAUUAUUGUAGAUGAACAGAACAAUUAUAAUGAAGAAAAAAAAACCAACAUUUAUAAUUAUAAUAAAAGGGACCCUAAUAUUAUAAGUAGGGAAGAUAAGGAAAAGCAUCGCAUAAAUAAUAACAAUAAUAAUAAUAAUAAUAAUAUAAAUACUCAUGUUGAUAAGUCUUACCAUGCAGGCUCACCUAUAAAUAAGAAAAAAAUACCUCCAAUGCAAAAUAUUAAUAAUAUUAACAAUAAUAAUAAUAUUAACAAUAAUAAUAAUAUUAAUAAUAUUAACAAUAAUAAUAAUAGUAAUAAUAAACAACGUAGUAGUAGUGAUUUUAUACAAAAUGAAUAUUUUAAAACUCAUAAUAAAACGUACAGUGUAGAGAAGCAGCAUGGAAACCAUCAUAUUGAUAGAGAAGAUCAUGUUAUAUCUCAAAAAAUGGACGACGGAAAUCAAAUAGAUGAACAUCACAAGAAUAAAUACAUUAAAAAUAAUAUGAAGGAAAAAAAAAACAAUAGAGAACUUGAUAAAAGAGAAAGUAAUAGUAUAGAAUAUUUUGAUAAAAUUAAUAUAAGAGAUAAAAAAAAAAUUAACAACAAUAUUAAUAAUGAUAUGAAGGAAACUAUGAAGAAUUAUUCAGAUUCAUGUAAUCAUAUGAUAAAUCACAUAUCUAGUGAAAAUAUUAUAAAAAAUAAAAACCAUGUCACAUAUUCUAAUAAACAACAUAUAAAUGUUAAUAAUAAUAUUGUAAGUGUUAAACAAAUUAAUAUGUCUAAUAAAGAAUUGAAAAAAAAUCAAAAGAAAAAAAUGAGAAGUACGGCACGUCAUAUUUUGUCACCAAGCAGUGUAUUAUCUCCAACGAAUGUUUUAUCAUCUAAUAGUAUUUUUAGUUCAAACACAAUACUGUCAUCAAAUAAUAUUAUGUCGAAUAAUAUCAUAUUAAAUAAUAAUAAUAAUAAUGAUAAUGAUAAUAAUAUUACUAAAGAGGGGACACGCCACAGUUCCAAUAAUCCUUUAUGUAGUAAAGAAAAAAUUACGCAAUCAAGAAAAACCAGAAGCGUUUCGUCCAAAAAGAGUGUUCAUAGUAGUAAUAGUUCUGUAGGAAGUUCAUUGAGUACAUUAAACCAUUCAAUAAAAUAUGAUAAUAAAAUUAUGAACAAAAAAAUAAAAUCAAAAGGAGACACACAAUGUGUUCCAUAUGAACACGAAUCUGAACAGAUUUGUGUAAAAAAAGGAAACAAAAAAAAUGUUGUCAAAAAAAAGAAAAGCCCAUGUAAUGAUAGUCCAAACCAUUCCUUUAACAAUAUGUCAGAUCAUGUGUAUGAUAAGCAAAAGGACGUAUUAACGGGAAAAAAUAAAACUCAUAGUAAUAAUUUAGAGGAAAGAACUAACAAUAUACCUAGUGAAAAGAUUUCAAGAGAAGAAAAACAUUUAUAUAAAGAAAAAAGAAAAAAAAACGAAAAAAAUCACAUACCUUCAUCAUCCGAAUUAUGUACAUCUUCUGAUGAUGAAGAAAUUCUUGAAUCAAUUACGGAAAAUGAUGAAAAGAAAUUUUUUAAUGAAAUAAAAGAAUAUCUAAAUAAAAAAUAUAUAAAAGACGAUGAUAUGGAUGAAGAACUUAUUUUGGAAAAUCAUACAUAUCAUGAUAAUUAUAUGAAUACAAAUGAUAACAUAAUAAAUAAAAAAAUAAAAAGUGAUAAAAAGGAUUUGUUAAAUAUGUCUAAAGAUGAUGACUCUAUUCUAUCAAAUGAAAAGUUGAAAGAAAAAAAAAAAAAUUUAUUAAAACAAGAUAGUGAAACCAAGUUAGAAGAAGAUAAAAUGGAUAUACUAAUUGAUGAGGAUAAUAAUAAUAAUAAUAAUAAUAAUAAUAAAACUUGUGAUGAUAAAAAAACAAUUGAACGUAAUAAACAAAAUGAUAGUGAUAGCAUUAAUAAAAUUCCGUGUCAUGGUGAAGAUAAGAAAAAAAUGAGAGUUAUAUUAUCAGAAAGUAAUGAGCAUUCAAACAAUUUGGAUAAUUUUGAAGAGAUUCCUGAUGAAUUUAAUAAUACAAAAGAAUGUUUGGAAUCUUCAUUGAAAGAUGAUAAAUCAAAAAAUAACAUUACAUUGGAUGAUGGUUCAUAUGAAGAGCAAAGUUGUGCAAGAAAAAGAAGCUUAGAAAACAUUAUUAAACAAUUACCUACAGAUAAUAAUAAUAAUAAUAAUAAUAAAGGAAAAGGUUCAAAUAAUGGAAUCAGCACAUUUGAGAGGGAAAAAAAACAUGUUUCAUUAGAUGAACAUAAUGUUUUAAAAAAUGGAGAAGAUGAAAAUGAAAAAAAAUUAAAUGACUACUUAAAUAAAUUGUUGAAAGAUAAUAAAAUAAAUGAGAUCAAAAUGGAUAAUAAAGAAAAAGAGGAAGAAGAAAAGAAAAAAAAUACUAUUACGACUAAUGAAAGUUUUAUAGAAAAAUUAUAUAAUAAAGGUAAAAAUAUUUCGCGUAUGUAUGAUGAGAAAUUUAAUUCGUCAAAUGAUAAAUCGGGAAAGGACCAAAACGAAAAAAAUAACAACAAUGUUGAAAAUGACAAAAUGGGGGGACAUAAUAAAAUUGUGGAAAAUGAACAGAGUGAUAGUUUCAAAAAGAAUGAAAAAAAUAAUAUGCAACCUGUAGGUGAGAAUACGAAAAAUAAUUUUGUACAUAUGAAAGAAAAUAUUAUAUAUCUUACCGACGAAGAAGCAACAAGAAAUAUGUCCAUCAUUCAACAGAAAAGUCGUAAGUUUAAGGAAAUUUUUAUAUCCUUUAUUAAAAGAGAUGAUUCAAAAAAAACGGAAGAUAUGGAAAAAAAUGGAGAAACUAGAAAAGCCUCCAAAAGGGAUAAUACCAAUAAUAAUAAUAAUAAUAAUAAUAAUAAUAAUAAUAAUAAUAAUUAUAAUAAUAAUAAUUAUAAUAAUAAUAAUAAUGAUAAAGAUUUUGAUUUAUAUAAGAGACAAGAAAAUGAAAAACAUUAUGCCGAUUUGUAUAGUUUAAAAAGAAAAUGUUAUGAUGAUGAUGAUGAGAAAUAUCGAAGAACAUUUUUUGUAAAGGAUAAAUCAAGUGAUGAAAUUUCUGGAGGAAACAAAGGAAAAAAGAACAAAGAAAAGAUAUCGAAUAAUAAUGAAAAAAAUAAUGUUAAUGAAAAGAAGAAUAAUAAGAAUGCUCAAAAUGAUUUGAAUGAUAAUAAUAUCCUUAAUAAUAGUUAUAUUUUAAAAAAGGAUUUAUCGUUUAAUAAUGAAAUAGAAGGGAAAAUGGAUUCAUAUGAAAUAUCAAAAGAUAAUUGUAUAAAUGAUAAUAUAUCAGAAUCCAAUUCUGGAAAUAAAAAAAAACCAAAUACAUUAUAUAAUAACUUUUUAGAAAGUUUAAAACAUGAAUCUUGUAAAGAAGUUGUUGAAAAAGUAAAAAAUUUUAUUUUAAAUUUCCCUAAUAAUUUAAGCAGAGAAAAAGCGGCAAAUAAUAUUCAUCAUUUUAUUAAUGAGACACAACCAAUAUUAUUAAAGUCAGAAAUAUAUAAAUCUUUAAAUAAAUAUCAAAUAAACAUGAUAGUAGAAGGAUAUGAGAAGUUUAUUAUGCAAAAGUUGUAUUUUUAUUUAUAUCGUAUGAAUCCUAAUGAUAAGGAUGAUGAUGAAAAGAUUUAUACAAAGAUUAAUUGUUUACAGUGGAUAGAGUUAAAACAUUUAGAAAUAAUGGAAGGAAUUAAUUUCGAACGUUUAAAAAUAGCUCAACAAGAACUUUUGAGAAUACAAAAAAUGAAAGCACCUAAUGAUAAAUUAAUUAUGAUUUUAAAUUGUUGUCGUAUUGUUACCUCAGUGCUUUAUGCUGCUAAAAGGAAUUUAAAAAGGAAGAAAAAGAAAAGAGAAAAGGCAAAUAGAAAUGCAUUGGUAGAUGAUGAGGAUGAUGAUAAUAAUAAUAAAAAUAAUGAUAAUAAUAAUAAUAAUAAUAAUAAUAAUAAUAAUAAUAAUAAUAAUAAGGGGUUUGUUAUAAAGGACGAAGAUAUCCUAGAAGAGGAUGAUAAUAUUAAGAGCAAACGUGGAGAUAAUCAAAAUCUUCAAAGUGAUAAUCAAAAUUAUGAUAUCUCUAAUAAGAUGGACGGGUGUGUAAAAAAUCCAAAUGAGUAUGUACAACAAGAUACUUUUAAACAAUCUGAGGAAGAUGUUGAUUAUUUAAAAAGUGGAUUGAAUAAUAGACCAGAUACAUUACAUAACAAUUAUAAAAGUAAUUCAUCACAAACUAUAACAGAAAAGGAUGAUGAAAAGGAUAAUUAUGUACAUGAACAAAAUAGUUAUGAUAAUGAAGAUAACCUUUUUGAUGGUGAUGGUAAUGUCGAUGGUAAUGUCGAUGGUAAUGUCGAUGGUAAUGUCGAUGAUGACGACGAUGAAUUGUUACCUUGUGCUGAUGAAGUUCUUCCACUUCUUAUUUAUGUAAUUAUCAAAACAAAUCCACCCGAAAUAAUUUCAAACAUUAUAUAUAUUCAAAAUUUCCGUCAUCCUAGUCGUUUUAUUUCAGAAGAGGCAUAUUCUUUUACACAAUUUUGUAGUGGUAUAGAAUUUAUUAAAGAGCUUGGUAAAACAACCUUUUUAAAUAUAUCUGAUGAUGAAUAUAAAGAAAAAGUAGCGAAUGCUGAAAAGUCAUAUUUAAAUGAAGUUAAAGAAAGUAACAAAAAAUUACAAGAAGCUGCUGGAAAAUUAAAUGAUUUGAUAAAAUUAUCUAAUGAAAAAAAAUUUUGUAAUAAUAUAAUUAAUAAAAUCCAAACGUAUAAAUUCAAGUAUGAACAUGAAAAAAGUAUUAAUUCUUUAACAAUCUCAAAUAUUAAUUCGCUUUUUGAAGAAUAUAAAAUCCUUGUUAAAUUGAAAAACGAAAUUUUAAAUGAUAUGCAAGAACACCUUAACGAUAAUCUAAUGCAACAAGGAACAUAA